CUGUGUGACCGUGCCACCAGGAGAGAGGCGACAGACAGCUGCGCGUCGGGGGUUACCAGUCAGCAUCCGCACGGUUCCAGCGACAUCCCGCCGCAGGGCAAUGACAUUGGUAGAUUGAAGUGGGAAUACGCAGGAAAAACGCACAAAAUGACGGUGGACUUUGAAGAAUGUAUAAAAGAUUCCCCCAGAUUCAGGGCUGGAAUCGAUGAUGUGGAGACAGAUGUGGUGGAAAUUGAAGCAAAGCUUGACAAGCUGGUGAAGCUGUGCAGUGGGAUGAUUGAGGCCGGCAGGGCCUACGUCAGCGCCAAUAAGCUCUUUGUCAAUGGCAUCAAAGACCUGUCCCAGCAGUGCAAGAAGGAGGAGAUGAUAUCGGAAUGUCUUGAAAAGUGUGGGGAAAGCCUUCAGGAGAUUGUCAACUACCACAUGAUUUUGUUUGACCAGGCUCAGAGGUCGAUCAAACAGCAGCUCCAUACCUUCAUUAAAGAGGACGUACGCAAGUUCAAAGACACGAAGAAACAGUUUGACCGAGUGCGUGAGGACAUGGAGCUGGCUCAGGUGAAGAACGCCCAGGCUCCCAGGAACAAAGUGCACGAGGCAGAGGAGGCCACUCAGGCCCUUGUCCUCAGCCGCAAAGCCUUCAGGCAUCUGGCUUUGGACUACGUGCUGCAGAUUAAUGUCCUUCAGGCAAAGAAGAAGUUUGAAAUUCUGGAUGCAAUGCUGUCCUUCAUGCGAGCCCAGUAUACACUGUUUCAGCAAGGCUUUCACAUCCUGGAUGAAAUAGACCCCUAUAUGAAAAAGUUGGCAGCACAACUUGAUCAGCUGGUCAUCGACUCAGCCAUGGAGAAGAGAGAACUGGAGCACAAACAUGCCCUCAUCCAGCAAAGAGAUUUUUCCUAUGAUGACCCCAAGCUUGAAUUUAAUGUGGAUGCACCGAAUGGUGUGGUCAUGGAAGGCUACCUGUUUAAGAGGGCCAGUAAUGCUUUUAAGACUUGGAACAGGCGAUGGUUCUCCAUCCAAAACAGUCAGCUGGUCUACCAGAAGAAACUCAAGGAUUCCUUGACAGUAGUGGUUGAGGAUUUGAGGCUGUGCUCUGUCAAACCAUGUGAAGAUAAUGAGAGGAGGUUCUGCUUUGAGGUGGUUUCACCCACAAAGAGCUGCAUGCUGCAAGCUGAGUCUGAGAAGCUGCGACAGGCUUGGAUUCAGGCAGUCCAAGCAAGCAUCGCCUCGGCAUACAAAGAUAUCGCUGACAACUAUUACAUUGAGCGUUUGGACCGCACGGCCUCGCCCUCCACUAGCAGCAUAGACUCGGCCAGCGAGCCCCGGGAGAGAGGAGAGAGGGCUGACAAAGGAGUUCGGGGAGGAGGAGAGAGUCUCCUCCAGCGGGUGCAGAGCCUGCCGGGCAACGAGCUGUGCAGCGACUGCAGCCAAACAGCUCCCUGCUGGGCCUCAAUCAACCUGGGCGUGCUGCUCUGCAUCGAGUGCUCAGGGAUCCACAGGAGUUUAGGCGUCCAUUUCUCCAAAGUGCGGUCACUGACGUUAGACUCAUGGGAGCCAGAAUUACUCAAGCUCAUGUGUGAAUUAGGAAACACUGUGAUCAACCAGAUUUAUGAGGGAGCCUGUGAGGAACUAGGAGUGAAGAAACCUGGACCCACCAGUUCAAGGAAGUCCCGCCUGUGGACGGUGAAGAAGUGCCAGCGACACAACAGCUCCGUUCGGGCCCCCAACAAGGCCCGCAGGAAAUACCACCGCUACGAACCCGGGAGCGCCUCGGCCGCAAACCUCACAGCAGCAGCUGCAGCAAAGUUUCGGCGGGACUCCCUGUUCUGUCCAGACGAGCUGGACUCCCUCUUUUCGUACUUUGACACUGGCUCUGGCCCUCGCAGCCUGAGCAGCGACAGCGGCUUGGGAGGAAGUACUGACGGGAGCACUGACAUCCUGGUUUUUGGCUCCGUGGUGGACAGUGUUACAGAGGAAGAUGAGGAGUCUGAGGAGUCCUCCAGUGGCGAGGUGGAGAUUGAACAGGAGGUGUCUUCGGACCCCGAGGACCCGAGGGAACUACAUCCUGGGGCGCUGCUCCACCGUUCUUCCCGUCUCCACAACUUACCACUUAUGGCUGAGGCAUUGGCACAUGGUGCCGAUGUGCAUGCUGCCAGCGAGGAGGGGGAGGGAAAAACACCACUCAUUCAAGCAGUGAUCGGGGGCUCUUUGAUAGCUUGUGAGUUCUUGCUACAAAAUGGGGCGGAUGUGAAUCAGAGGGACAUGAGAGGAAGAGGCCCGCUGCACCACGCGACCUGCUUGGGGCAUACUGGCCAGGUGUGUUUAUUCCUGAAAAGAGGAGCAUCUCAGACAGAAGUGGAUGAGCAGGGUCAUGAUCCUCUCAGUAUCGCUGUUCAGGCUGCAAACGCGGACAUUGUUACGCUGUUGCGUCUGGCACGGAUGAACGAGGAGAUGCGUGAGGCCGAGGCUCCACUGGGUCAACCAGGUCAAUACCACAGCAGCAGCCCCACUGAGCAGCAGUAUAGGAAAUGCAUCCAGGAAUUCAUCUGCCUCACAAUAGAUGAGAGCUAGUAGUCACUUCUGAUCCCGAGGGCCUACCUUAUGCUCUGAGAACCUAGCAUGGUCAUGUUGAAGUUGCCCCUAGGCAUUGAUCUCAAGCCUGUUGCUUCUGUAGAUCAGGGCUUAUUGGAAACUUCGUGCAAGCGGAGUGUGUGAAGAGAGAAGGCGACUGUGAGAUGCAGCGUAUCAUAGGGAGAACCCUGAUGGAACUUUCUAACUCUACUGACAAUAGUCACCACCCCCAUUUUCUGCCUCGGCACUACGUCUCUGCUUGUUAUUACUUGGCACCACCUAUGCUACUGCUAACUAUACACAGUGAAGUGACAUCUGCUUUUUUGGUGUUUUGCUAAUGGGGUUAUCCUUUAACUUACCAUAAUGUGGUGUGACCUCCUGUUGAGGGCAUAGAUCUAAUGUUUGCUGACAGCUGUUACAUCUGAUGAAACUUACUAACUUUAACCCUCUACACUUUAUAUCUAUUCAGACUGUUUGUCACAUCCAGUCUACCCAUCUCUUCUUGACCAGAGAUGUAAAUAAACAUAUUUAGCCAUUUAGAAACUGUGUACUGUGGCAUGAGGUGAAAAAAAAGGUAUUUUGUUCUGCUACAAAAAAGAAAAAGAGUAACUGACAAGCUACGGUGGAGGUGUCAGGGUAGUUAACUGUGACAAAAUAUACUGAAGGGCUUGUGGGAAAGAGCCCCUCGCCUGCUUUGUAAGAUACUCUGUGGUGUGAAGAACGAGAGAAUGAACAUGAGAGCAAGUGAGUGCAUGUGUUUAAAGAAUUCUGCGAGAGAGUUAAAAAUACGGUAUGUUACAUUGUGUAAAGGAAAAAGACUGUGCACUUUUCCCAUAUACAGUGUUAUAAUUUAGUCAAUUUUUCGUUACAAUUUACAUUGUUCUUGUUUACUUAUCGUCUAUUUUACUGUCAUACUAUUUAUCAACCCAGAGGACCAGUGCAAUGCAUUAUUGGAUGCAGUUUUAUCUGCAUAUGUUUAUGAUUGUCCAAAUUAAUUACUUGGAAUUUAUGAGUACUCUAGUUGGCUAAACGUAUGCAGUUACUCAAUGGAAUGGCCUAAGAUUGCUUGAGUACAAUUAUAAGCAGUUAAAAUAUGCAGCUUUUAGCUACAUUUCAUGAGCUUUCAAAUGGGAAGAUUUACUUAAGUGUAAUGUGAAAUUACUGCCAUUUGCUGGCUGCUAAUGUGCUGUGAAACUAGAGAGGUAAUCCAUGGAAUGCAGUGUGUAAAAAAACUGCACUUACCUACUUCUUCUGUGCACAUCAUUUAAUGAAGACAAGUGACUUUGGAGUAUAUCAGCACAUUUGAUAUCCCUGUAAACACUCCAACCUUUAUACAAUAUAUAUGAUGACAUCAUGGAGCACUUUUUUUCCUUUCUUUUGUGUGAAGGUCUUGUCUUGGCAAGCUUUCACUCCCGGUUGAUACUGAAAGUGUUGUUUGCAUAAUUUGCCAGAGUUGCGUUCAGGAAUUCAACUUUGUUUGCUUUGCAAGCAUGCUGAGAGUAUUUUGAUAAUCCAUUUACUUCGUGCAAUGCAGUCCUGUGGCAUUGGCAUGCACCACCACACCCCUUCUGGCAUCCUGGCUCCACCUCUGCGCCCUUCUUCCUUCCACAGACCAAAUCUGUGGUGACCCCAUCCAUCUUUGUCAACAGUCAUUUAUUUUUCUUUAUUUCUUGUUAAACGUUAUUUUCCUCUGCCAAAGACUUUUUUAAAGGGAAAGUGUAGAUACUGAAUAGUCUUACCAAGCUCCGUGGAGUGACGGGGCCAUAAAAAAACGGUUGAUGUACCCACAUGUUUGAACAAGGUUGCAGAGAUGUGACUUUUACCCGAUAGAUGCAAUAGUUCAGUGUACUGCAAGUAGAACCAGUCUAGCAGGUGAUGUGAAGCUACUGUGACCAUCCUGCAAAGGGCCAGCACCCUUGCGGAAGUAUUAAAUGUUGUGUCCAUUGCGUGUAUAGACUUAGAAGUGGUUAAAGGUGCUGUUCAGAGCAAACAUGCUGUAAAUAGUACACUUGUGUAUUUUAACUGAAUGCCAACUGCCUGCCUCCCAGUGCUGAUCUGAUCUUUUUUUGUUUGUCUUUUUAUUGUUUCUAAAAUACGAAAUACCUGUCAGGCAGAACUCCAUCACAAUUCUAAAUAAUUCUGAGGCAUUCCUCUGUAUGCUGACAUAUAAAUACAUUUGGAAUACUUUCUCCUUUGUGUUUAGAAGCACUCAGACAAAAAAAACAACAACAAAAAAAGAACAACAAUGCAUCAAAUAAAACUUAGAAACUCUUGAUGAACUAACUCUGCUUCCUGCCUCUUGCUUCUUGCUCUCAUUUCUGUUCUGUUUUUGAGUGAAACAUUCUCCCAACAUGACCUUUUAUAGACAAAAGUGUGUGUGCUUUCUAAGUUAAAUCCUUCAUGCUAUUUAGAAAUAUAGUUGAAAAUAUUCACAGAUGUUGGGACAAUGUUUUUUUUAAUGCAUUUUGGUUUGGUCCGACUUUUGGUGGCUGACAAACUUUUCACGGUGAAUAGAAUUGGAAUUUUUAGUCUGUGAAAGUGUACACAUGGGCUCCGCCUGACUGACGGUCCACUUCAGCUUCCAUCCUGCAGCAGCGACAGAAUGACCUGAAUAUAAGAUUCAAUGUUUGGCGCGUACAACAAGGAUUCUAAUCCCUUAACUUAAAAUCGUGUGCAAGAAAUGUCUCACUUUUAAGUGGAACCAAAGGUAACCAACAUAUGUCCACAUGAGGAGGUAAUCACUGUCUGACAUAUCAUUGCUUCUGUUACCACAGGGGUUGCAACGGGCAGCAGGACAGUUAAACUCAAGGAUAGAGUGACGUCUCCUGUGCUGGUGUCUUUCGCAAAUUUUCUAUCCUCGCAUCUUUACAGCCCGAGAAGUUGAGGAGAAGAAGCAUUCAGUUCAGCCGUUGUAAGGAACCUUCAUGACCCCAUGUCUGUGCCCAUUCUCUGAAUAAAAUAAGCAAGACAAACAACUGAUGCAAAUAGUCAAAAUGAAUGAGUUAAUAACAAUAACUAAAAAAUCAAAAUCAAUAAAUUGACAUUUAUGUGACCUGUUCUUUUUAAAAGCUAUUGUCAUGUUCUGGAACUUACAUUUGCCUCAGGCCUGUGUAGCUACACUUAAUUUUGAAAUGUCCGAGACCAAAAACAAAACAAACAACCUAUAACGACUGCAUUUAUGCUCAAAGGUAAGCUACAGAGAACAUUAUGCAAACGUGUCUUUAUCUUUCUCUCUGUGAUGAGUAAAUAAUAAAAACAAGUUAGAGAUCAAUGUAGUGUAUAUCUUAUGUAAUGCCAUUUUUAUCUGUGUAUUCUAGUUUAUACCACAUAUUUCUAUUUUAAGCAUUCUAAACUUUACAUUGCAUUUAGUAAAAUAAUAUAAAUGUAAAUAAAC